GGGGAUCGAGCUGCGAGUAAAGGAGACGAGAGGAGUGCUAUGGAGGGCAGCAGCUCUGUUGCUGUGACUUUUAGGAGCCUUCCAGGGUAAGAUCGAACGCUUCCCUUCGCCAAGCCUCUCUCCUCGGUCAACUUUUCGCGGGAGGAUGGGGGCGUAGGAGGUGGAAAACUUGCGUUUUUCCAAACCCCGGGCAACUUUGUAAAGCUUAAUGCCGCGCUAUGGGCUGAGCUUCUUUCUUAUUUAUUUAUUUAUUUCAGCCGCCCUCCCCAAACCCCCCCCUUCCCGAGAGACCCGAUAGGGCGGAGCGCGCGGAGCAGCCGCCGCAGUGCUAUUGUUCGGCGGCCCGGGGGGAGCGCAGGGCACCGCACCGCACCGCACCGCACCGCACCGCUGCGCGCCGUAACCCGAGCGCGGCCGCCCCGCGGAGCGCACGGCCUUUUCGGCCGCCCUCCCGGUGUCAGCGCUGAGGAGCGCUUUAAUGAAGACAGACGGAGGAUGUUGGAUCGUGGCUUUGAGACGUGGCAGAUAACAGGCUGCUUCCCGGCAAUUACAGCUAAUUGCUCUGGUGUGUUGGAAGGGAGGGGGGAGCAGCGCUUGGCGCUGCGCGGUUUCCUGGGUUUCUGCAUGGGCGAGGGGCUGUCUCGCCCCAUCCCAGGUACAUCUUCAGGUGUUACACGCGCUGGGGAGUUCUCAGGGCGGCUUUCAAAGUCGUUGUAGUGAAUGGGAAGAUUUAAAUCUGAGCCACAACUUCUUUUGCAAAGCCUGAUGGUCAGAGUGACCAUGUUUAGCUUCUUCAGCUUAUUCCUGGCUGAAUUCAGACCUGCCCCGUUCCAGCCCCUGAAGGAGCCCGAUUCUGAGGGUGCUAACUAUUUCUGGCUGAAACAUUAGCAUUUGCUUUAGAUAGGACGAAAGAAAGUCAUCAUACUCUCAGGAAUCAAAAUUUGAUUAGUUUGCCUGAAAGAGUUAACGCAGCAGACCUUUGAAGGAGGCCCUUUACAAACAUAACUUUACGUGGCACAUUACAAGGUCAGUCCAUGCCAAGAGUGCCAAGCCUUUGUGCUGCUCUUCCCAGAGCAUUAGAAAGCACUGCACCAUCGUGAUGUCCCACUCUGUGAUACCCAGGAGCAAACGUGACUCCUGGUUCAGUGUUUGACAUCGUACAUCCCUUAGCAGAAGUGCAACUUGGGGAUGGAAAAAGCAGAGAGACUGGAGAACCUCACGUAUUUUAAACCCUCUGAAUUUUCCCAGCUAUGCCUCCAAAUGCAGCUUAUAGUGAUAUGCAUUCAAAAUGUGGGGCUUUGAUUUGUUUCACCUCAUGGUGCUCGACAGCACUGCUCCACCAAGCCUGCAACAUGGGCAGUCUUGAGCCUCACGGUGAUGCGCUGUGCUUGGGAUGUGUUUUCUCAUAUGUUGAGUUGUUGGGUAUUUAGUUGGCUGUUUGGUACUUCAACAUGAGAAAAAAAACAAAACAAAACAAACAACAAAUGUAAGGCUUGUGGAUAUUUGUGCUCGUGACAUCAAUUAAAUACAGAAACAAAAAUAACUUUUAAAACUUGAUCUGAUGUUUGAUGAAGUUGGUGGGUGAAGGCAUGGCAUGGAUUCUGAAUCUUUACCUGGCAGAGCUAUUUCAGUUAUUUAGAGUGUACAAAUACCACACUGUGUAUGGUGGCUGGAGAAGCCUUGUUUUCCUGCCUAUUUUCCUUGGACUCUGGGUGCUCAUUUCUAAUAUUAGAGCACAAUUUGCUCUAAUAUUAACCACCUCAGGUCUGCUAAAACCAAUGUUUGCACAGGAAUUUCAGCCUGUACACAACUACACCCCAUGAUCUGGAUCAAAAUAACCCUCCCCAAAAUGAUUCUGUUUAGUGUGGAUCAUUUCACAGAGUCUGGAACGAGGUGAUGGGAGCAGAAGCACUGAGUAUUUCCUAGUUCAUAUUUAUCAAGUCUGAUGUACUGUGUAGCUACGCCUAGAGAAAUGAGGCCAAGAAAGCAGCCAUGUUUUCCAUCUGGAACAUCUGCUCUCCAUUCAUUACUGUUGUGCUGUAUUGCUGCUAAGUUUUCUACCCCUCACUGUGGUGGCAUCCAUAUUUGUGGAGUGCUGCAGGUACAAAAGCUUUCUGUAGUGAAAAGCAGUUGUGCAUUCAUAGCUCAUGAAUCCCCAUGAAUUGGGAAGUGGGAAUUGGUGUUUAAAAUGACUUUUGUGCUAUGGGCUGUGGAGACAUGGGGAAGUGAGCUGUGUCCUGCUAGGAAAAGGGGCUGGACCUGCGUGAUUAAAGAGCUGUCUAUCCCCGGUGCAUCAUGGAGCAGUGAGGGGUACCUGGAGGAAGCAGAAAGGAAACAAAACCACCGAGAAGAUGGAGCAGUGGAAAAGCCAGUUGGUGCUGAUGCAGGGGUGGACAGCUUGAGGAGAUACAAGCACUGCUUCACUUUGCAUCCGGAAACAGCUGGUGCCAGGGGAAACAAAGGCAAGCAGGAAAUUGUCUUCUGACUACUGAAACUUUUCAUAUGUUUUAUGGGAUUUCAGUUAAUUCAGGGAUAGGAGGUUGUGAAAGUGCCUCGCCAAAAUUUGAGAAGUACUUUGCACUGCAUAAAAAUGAAACAUAUGAGAGACAUCAUGUUUUCCAGAAAGCACAAGGGGAAAUUAAGACCAAAGCAGCGCACGUGAGUGAUAAGGGGAUGAAGAGCCUUCAGUUGCAAUGCGUGGAAAGGAAACUGAAUCUCAAAUUUGGAAAAAAAAGAAUAAAAAUGGAGGCAUAAAGAAAACUGAACUGGGAUGUGAAUGAAGGUGACAUCUGGAAUGUAGCAUGCCCUGCAUGGCUGCACUGGGAGCCCAGGAAAAGAGCUGGGGCAGGCAGAGUGAGGAUCAGCCAGGAGAUGCCAUCUUGCUGUACAGGCCAUGAUGACCAGCACCAACAGGAGCAGGAUGUGCAGCACCACCACAAGGGAUUACUCCACCACCAUCUGCUUAGGUUUGUUUUCACGCUUGCAGCCAAUGGCCUCUGGUAUUGACACCCACAAGAAUGGAGGUGUGCUGGCAUGAAGCGGGCUGUGAGCACGCUGUGUGGUUUGCUAAGUAAAGGAGCACGAGGAUUAGAUGUGUGAGUCAAUAACAAACAAGAAAAUGGUGGUAUUUGUAAUAGAAUGAAAAUAAAGGGUACACCGUUGCACAACAGGGGUGUGUCAAGCCCUCAGUUGUAUUACAUGUGUGCCCAUUGAAGACUGACACGUUCUCAGGUGGCAUUGUGGUUAGGGCAAGCCAAGAACUGAAUUCUGCAGAGAGGUUUGGGUCAGCUUGGGUUCAUAAUUCCUGCACUUUGGCUAAGUAAGCUGCUGUGAUCAGUCUGUGUGAUGGAAAUAACACAUGGGAGGUGAAUUUGGUGUGAAUGGACACAGCAGAAUUAUCAUCCACACCUGUCCUAAAAGGCAGUGCUCUGUGGGAGCAGAGAGCAUGCAACAUUACUUGUGCUGAAUUAAGCUGUUCACGAUGGUCACUUAAAUUUGCUGCUGAGCAAAGAUGUGCAAGGAACGCAGUCCUCAUCAACUGCACCGAGAAAACAAGGGAAGUAAAGGUGCUGUACAUGACAAAUGAGUGAAUUGUUGCCGUCUUGUUGCCAUACUGAGGUCAUAUCUGAUACUGGUAAUCUAAAAAUCACAGUCAUUAACAAAAUCCAUUGGCAGAGCUGGAAACAUUUUCACAUGUUUGUUGAUGAGAUAUGGAUCUGAGCUCCAUCGGCUGUUUCGUGUUACUACUGCUGGAAGAAGGCAUAGAGCCUCUUUCUCUUCCUUGCUUCUCCAUGUACAUAAACAUCCUUCCCCCCCCCCAUUGAAAAUACAUCCCUCGUCAUUGGAAUGCACAGCUGGGAGAGGUUUUGGGGUUGCAAACAGUCCUUCUGUAAUAUUUGGCAAAUACAGCAAGGUGCAAAUUCAGCAGUGUACCUGUACCAAAUGGGCAUAGUGCUUGCUAACUACUGGGUCUGCAGAUCCUGGAGCUCCGGGAAACCCAAUGUCUUCACUUCUGGAUGUGUGGGCAGCAAGCCUCAUCUUCAUACCAGCUUAUGGGCACCUUUCAGUGCUAGCAAGCAAGUUUUGGUAAGGGAUGAUACUAAUCGUCCUGAAACACGCUGGAAAAAUCUGUUGCAAAUGACAAAGGGAGGUCAGCUAGGGAUAAGAAGGCGUAUCUCAGGCUGCUAAAAAUACCUCUGUUUUCACAUCUGGGAAAGAGAAUCCCAGAGUGGUUUGGGUUGGAAGGGAUCUUAAAGAGCAUCCAGUCCCAACCCCCUGCCGUGGGCAGGGACACCUCCCAGUCGGACACGAUGCCCAAAGUCUCAGCCACGAAGUCGUUGGAUGGAGAUAUCCACACAGACAGCACAGAAUAGAACAUCCACACAGAAAAGCAGAAGUUCCAUGGAGUUGGACUAAAAUAAAGUUUUGGGAUGUCUCUGUUUGGAUUAAAAUUUGGAAAGAAGAAACUGAAAGAGGAAGAGAGACACCUUCAAGCAAACAACCGAGAUUUUAACCUACAGUUCGAAUAUGCUAGCAAUUCAAUUAAAACGUCGAAAUACAACUUCUUCACUUUCCUGCCUCUCAACCUGUUUGAACAGUUUCAGCGAAUAGCCAAUGCCUACUUUCUUUUCUUGCUGAUUUUGCAGUUGAUUCCUCAGAUUUCCUCACUGGCAUGGUUCACAACAGUGGUGCCCCUGGUGCUGGUGCUGGCUGUAUCGGGAGUCAAGGAUGCCAUCGAUGAUUUCAAUCGACACAAAAGCGACAAUCACGUCAACAACCGUCCCGUCCAGGUCCUGAUCAAUGGCACGUUGAAGGAUGAAAAAUGGAUGAAUAUCCAAGUGGGGGAUAUAAUAAAACUAGAAAACAACAACUUUGUGACGGCCGAUCUGCUGUUGCUGUCGAGCAGUGAACCACACAGCCUGGUGUACAUCGAGACGGCAGAACUGGAUGGUGAAACAAACCUCAAGGUGAAACAGGCACUGACAGUCACUGCUGAGCUUGGAGAAGAUCUCCAGAAACUGACAGACUUCAAUGGUGAAGUCAGAUGCGAGGCACCUAACAACAAGCUGGAUAACUUCACAGGAACUCUUGCUCUUCGAGGAGAGAAGUAUGCCCUGGAUAAUGAGAAGAUGCUGCUGAGGGGCUGUACUAUUAGGAACACAGAGUGGUGCUUUGGUCUCGUUAUUUAUGCUGGGCCAGACACCAAACUGAUGCAGAACAGUGGAAGAACAACUUUCAAAAGGACGAGCAUUGACCGGCUCAUGAACGUCCUCGUGCUCAUGAUCUUUGUAUUUUUAGCAGUGAUGUGUCUUAUCCUAGCCAUUGGCAAUUGUAUCUGGGAAUCUGAUAAGGGCUACCACUUCCAAGUCUAUUUGCCCUGGGCAGAAGAUGUCACCUCUGCCCCCUUCUCUGCCUUCCUCAUGUUCUGGUCAUAUGUGAUCAUCCUAAACACAGUGGUGCCAAUUUCACUCUAUGUCAGUGUAGAGAUUAUACGCUUGGGUAACAGUUUCUACAUCGACUGGGACCGUAAGAUGUAUUACCCACUGAAUGACACACCAGCUCAGGCCCGCACUACUACGCUCAAUGAAGAGCUGGGGCAGAUCAAGUACAUCUUCUCAGACAAAACAGGAACUCUCACUCAGAACAUCAUGUGUUUCAACAAGUGCUCCAUCAAUGGCAAAUCCUAUGGUGAUGUGUAUGAUAUGUCUGGGCAGCGGAUAGAAAUAAAUGAGAACACAGAGAAGGUUGACUUCUCCUACAACCAGUUGGCCGACCCAAAGUUUGUCUUCUAUGACCACAGCCUGGUUGAAGCUGUGAAGCUGAAUGAUGUCCCGACACACAAGUUCUUCCGCCUGCUCUCCCUCUGUCACACCGUCAUGCCCGAAGAGAAGAAGGAAGGUAACUUGGUGUACCAGGCCCAAUCUCCCGAUGAGGGAGCCCUCGUCACCGCUGCCAGGAACUUUGGGUUUGUGUUCCGGGCUCGCACACCGGAGACCAUCACUGUUGUGGAAAUGGGAGAAACAAAAAUCUACAAACUUCUGGCUAUUCUUGAUUUCAACAAUGUCCGCAAACGCAUGUCUGUUAUUGUGCGCAGUCCAGAAGGUGACUUGACUUUGUACUGCAAGGGGGCUGACACCAUUCUGUAUGAACUGCUUCAUCCAUCCUGUGAGUCUCUCAAGGAGGAGACCACAGAACACCUGAAUGAGUUUGCUGGGGAAGGUUUGAGGACACUCGUCGUGGCUUACAAGAACUUGGACGAAGAGUACUUUCAGGACUGGAUCAAGCGUCACCACGAAGCGAGCACCGCCUUGGAAGGACGGGAGGACAAACUGUCAGAGAUUUAUGAAGAGAUCGAAAAAGAUCUCAUGCUCUUAGGUGCCACAGCAAUUGAGGACAAGCUGCAAGAUGGGGUCCCACAGACCAUUGAGACUCUUGGCAAAGCCAGCAUUAAGAUAUGGGUUCUCACUGGAGACAAGCAAGAGACGGCAAUGAAUAUCGGUUACUCCUGCAACUUGCUGUAUGAUGACAUGGCAGAUGUCUUCGUUAUUGAAGGCAGCUCUUCUGAGGAUGUACUUAAUGAGCUCCGGAAUGCAAGGAAAAAGAUGAAGCCAGACUCCUUUCUGGACAGUGAUGAAAUCAACAUUCAGAUUGAAAAAUCUUCCAAAAAUCUAAAGCUUCUACCUGAUGAGCAAGCAAAUGGGGUGUACGGCCUGGUUAUCAAUGGCCACAGCUUGGCCUAUGCGCUGGAGGGGAAUCUGGAACUGGAGCUGGUGCGAACGGCGUGCAUGUGCAAAGUGGUGAUCUGCUGCCGGGUCACUCCGCUGCAGAAGGCCCAGGUGGUGGAGCUGGUGAAGAAGUACAAGAAAGCUGUGACCCUGGCCAUUGGAGAUGGUGCCAAUGAUGUCAGCAUGAUCAAAACUGCCCACAUCGGGGUUGGUAUCAGCGGCCAGGAGGGGAUGCAGGCAGUCCUGUCCAGUGACUUCUCCUUUGCGCAGUUCCGCUACCUGCAGCGCCUGCUCCUGGUCCACGGACGCUGGUCCUACAUCCGCAUGUGCAAGUUCCUCAAGUACUUCUUCUAUAAGAAUUUUGCCUUCACAUUAGUGCAUUUCUGGUAUGGAUUCUUCUCCGGCUUCUCAGCUCAGACUGUCUAUGAUCAGUGGUUCAUUACGCUUUACAAUCUGAUGUAUACCUCCCUCCCAGUGCUAGGAAUGAGCCUCUUCGAUCAGGACGUGGAUGACCGUUGGAGCCUGCUGUUUCCACAGCUAUACGUGCCUGGACAGCAAAACCUCUAUUUUAACAAAAUAGUGUUUAUCAAGUGCAUGUUGCAAGGGAUCUACAGCUCCCUCAUUCUCUUCUUUAUCCCCUAUGGGGCCAUGUACAAUACGAUGAGAAGUGAUGGGAAAGCCAUUGCUGACUACCAGUCCUUUGCCCUGAUGGCCCAGACCUGCUUACUGAUUGUGGUGUCUGUACAGAUUGGCUUGGACACCUCUUACUGGACAGUUGUGAACCAGUUCUUCAUCUGGGGCAGCCUAUCUGUUUAUUUUGCUAUCACCUUCACCAUGUAUAGUGAUGGCAUGUACUUGAUCUUCACGGCCUCGUUCCCAUUUGUUGGUACUGCUCGAAACACCCUCAGCCAACCCAACGUGUGGCUAGCAAUCUUCCUCAGCAUCGCCCUCUGUGUGCUGCCUGUAGUUGGCUUCCGAUUCCUGAAGGCUCUCUUAAGGCCAACUGCCAGCGAUAAAGUCCUACUCAAGAUCAAAGAAGCUAAAAAGAGGCCUCCUCCACCGUCCCCCAAGAGACGCCUGCGUCGGACCAGCACGCGCCGCUCAGGCUAUGCCUUCUCCCAUCAGCAUGGCUUUGGAGCACUCAUUAUGUCUGGGAGAAACAUGCGGCCAAAAUCACCUUUUGCCACAACAGGAACGUUUUCACCCAAUAGUGACAAAUAUAAACACAAGGGACUGUAAGAACCAAAACCAACCAAACCAAAGCAAACCAAAGGGCUGGUAGGAAGGACUACCCAAGCAAGGACUUCGGCCUCUCCUUUCUCCCACGUGCACUCUUUGGAUUCAGCUCCUCUCCCAGAGCUGUGUCCUGCUCCUGGGGAAGGAGGAGCAGGGGAAGCAAAACUGCCAUACAAUAUCCCUAAGGGCCUCCCUGGAGCAAGGAGAACAUGCUGCAGGAGGCCCCUUCGCUCCCUAAGAUUGUAAUGCUCAUCAUUUUUUUUUUAUCCAUAUAUACCUCAGAGCAAAGUGAAUUCCAGGCUGAGGAAAAGGUUGAAUUGGCAAUGUCUUUUCUAAUCAUGUGCCUUUGGGUCUGUCGGGAGUCCACUCUGGGCCAUAAUACUGGGGUGAUAGUAUGGACCCCAGAUGUGCCUUAGGUCCAGCCAUACAACUCGCAAACCCCCAGUCUUCGUCAUAUAUGUAAUUCUAUAGCCUUUUGACUAUUCUGUACACAAGCACUUUGGAAAGGAUGAUUUGGGAGUAACCUCCUUUCAAACCAAUGGUUAAUCACGUUUCUCAAAGGAAGGCCAGUGUCCCCCAACCACCCCGUUCCUCCACGUUCGGUCAGAAGGUGCUGUAUGCUCAGAGAGGUUCCCGCUUGGUCAAGGGACAAGGAGUUGACAUUCAUCCAUCUGCCCUGUCUGCAAUGCAAAUCUGCUCUUGUGAAAGAUCUUUGUCCUCACAGCCAUCUCAGGUUUUGUAGCUGGGCACCAGCCAUUUCAUUUAAACUUAAAAUAGAAGGUCAAAAGAAGUUCAGGCACCCUUCUGGAUCAAGCUCUAAAAUCUAGCAUGUAGAAGCCCGUAUCAUGGCUAGGCUCAUCUGAACCUCCAGCACCAGAUGGAUUUCCCUCCACAGCAGACUGUUGCGUGUGCAUGUUUGAAAUGAUGGGCUCACACCAGAAAUAUCAGAGGGAAAGAUUUCACUGCUGGCACGGGGCGUCCUGCCCUGUACUCCACUGGCGUGGCUGGUCAGAGUAAGGGAUGAAGCAUGAUGUGGCUGCUCUUUGCCCUCCCUGUUGAGCAGUGUGGUCAGGUUUCAGAGGAACUACGUAACGGCUCAGGGGCCCUUGUAGAGUUUCUCUGCACUGACUGCUAUUUUGUUUCUGUAUGGUUCAGACACAUGUUCCAGAAAGCAGGAGACUCCACCAAAUCCUAUCAGUCUGACUGCCAGCAGAGGGACCUUGUGAUCUGGCAGGGAUCUCAAGAGGCUGGGAUUGCUGGCAGCUUUGAUGCAUCCCUACCAGUGGGUGACUGGGUGGAAGGCUGGUGUGGCUGCACGAGGAUCUGUCCUGCAGUGCUGCUGAGCUGUCCAUACUGAGCUUCUUUUUUGUGUGCAGAGGACUAAGCAGCUUUGCCUGUUAUAUUUUCUCAGUUCCUUUUUAUGAACUUAGUCUCUUGCCUAAUACUGACUUAAAAUUUUGCACACUAACCCUCUGGCAUUUAUUGGGAGCUCUCUCUGCCUUGACUCUGAGCUAUUGCUGUAGGCACUCUAUGAUGGCAAGAGGCCAGCCAUGCCCCCACUUCAUCUGGUCUGCGCACAACACCAUGCUGCCCCUGGUCCCAGUUCCAGCAGUUACUGUAAGAAAUGGUUUAAGCUCUAAUAGAAGGUUUUGCAUCCCCACAUUUAUCUCGGUGCACACAAAAUACCACUCCUGCACCUGCUGCCUGGGAGGCUUGUUGCAAACUGUGGUAUUAAAUUUCAGCAUAGCCAGUGCAAACCAGAGCUGGGACUGAAUCCAGGCUUCAGCAACCAGAAGCUGCUUGGUAGGGAAGGCGCAAAUUCUAAUUCAGUUACCUCCCUUGCAAGGAGAUAUCUAAAUACACAGAGAGUCUUCACCCUGACUGAAGAGACUCCUGUGAUAGUUGGUGCUCAUCGCCUCCCUCUGACUUACCAUUCACUUUGUGGAGGGAAUCAUGGCUUUCUGAUUAGGCUUAUGUCUUUCAUAGUCGGCCUUCUUGGGGCUGGAGUUAAAAAGAGACUGUAUGCAGGUGAGCAGACAUCUAGACAACACCCAGCCUGGCCUGCGGACCUAUCAAAGUUGUUCCCAGCAUGGAACGCAGCAGAUGUUAAUGCAGAGCAGCAGAGGCAGACUUUUUGCUAAGAGAACAAGGAGAGUCUGAGGCUGUGCCACUCACGUCGUGUGGUUUAUGUACAAAGCACCUUCUGGCUAAAGGGGAUUUGUGGAGGCUGCAAAGGACAUGCAGGGGGUGGUGGAUCUGUUGGGGAACUGUUUCCAGCUACAAAUAUUUCAGUAGUUUGACAGAAUCUAUAUUUGAGACAUAUCACCCGGCAGUGAUGUGUGUCCUGCAUCACUUCUGAUUUUGUAAAAUAUUUUUUUUUUUUUAAUAAACAGAGAAUAUUGGGACUACC